AUGUAUCCUUUGGUUUUCCGCGUCUUCCCGCUGUCUUCGCCUUUCCCGGUCGUCCGCUUCCUGUUCUUCACGAGCCAGAUCAAUCUCGCGUUUCCUUUCCCUUUCCAUCUCUUCUUGCUCUCUACGUCGUUCGCGGUCAGCCGCCAUCUCUUCUUCACGCAUCAACUCAUCCUCGCGUUUCCGCUGCUUUUCAAUAUCUUGCUGUUCUCGGAGUCUCUCCCGCUCAAUCUCCUUUUCUUCAGUCUCUAUAGCUUCACGCUCUUUCCGCUCUUGCUUCUCUUCAUCUCGUGCUUUCUGCUCCGCAUCCUCCUCAGCUUUCAUCUGCUCGUCCUCCCGUUUGCGGUCACGUUCAGCAAACUCCUCCUCUCGCCGCCUCUCCCGCUCUGCUGCCCUUUCUUCAGCAUCUCGGGCUUUCCGCUCUGCAUCUUCCUCAGCUUUCAUCUGCUGCUCUUCCCGCCUCCGGUCACGGUGAGCAAACUCCUCCUCUUGCCGCCUUUCUCGCUCCGCUGCCUUCUCUUCAGCCCUCUGGGCCUUGCGUUCCGCGCGUGUGGCAAAUUCCUGCUCUUCACGUGCUCUCUCAUGCUCCCUCUUAGCCUCUUCUUCCUGCCUGCGUUGUUCCAACGCUGCUGCUUUCUCCUCCGCUCGCAGAGCCUUCUGCUCAGUGCGCGUUUGAAUCCGCUCCGAAUCCCGUUCUUGCUCUGUCUGCCGAGAGGCAGCUCUACGCUCCCGCUCUUGUUCCCGCUCAGAAACCUUUUCUUCGGCGCGGAGAUUGUUACGUUCCAUACGAGCUUGUAUGCGAUCCGCAUCGUUCUCCUGCUCCGCUUGUCGUCGAGCCAUCUUACGCUCACGCUCUUGUUCGCGCUCCGCAGCUUUCUCUUCUGCUCUCAUAGCGUGGCGUUCAGCGCGCACCUGACGUUCUUCUUGGUCGUGAGCGUGUUGGUAUUCCCUUUUCGCUGCGGCUUCUUCGCGCUCUCUUUCCAAGGCCGCGGCUCGUUCUUCGCCUUCCGCGGCGCGGCGUUGGGCCUGGACUUGGUAGUUUUCUUCCUGGAGCGAGUUUUGAUAUUGUCUUGUGGCGUCUCGCUCUGCGCGGUCGCGUUCGGUGGCGGCGGCUUUCUCUUCUGCCAUUGCGGCGCGGCGGUUGACGCGGGCUUGGUAUUCAUCGUCGUCGACGAUUAGGUCGUCGUCUUGGUGGCCACGAUGUCCAGGUUGAUGGCCCUUGUUCGUGGGGUUAUCGGGGUGAUUAGGAUGAGCGGGAUGGUCCGGAUUCGUGUAGUUUCUCAGAUAUUCCAAUUCACCCCUGUCGCUUGCUGCUUGAGUCUCCUCUUCGAGUCUCUUCUUUUCUUCCUUUCUCUUCGCUUUUUUCUUAGCUUUCCUUUUGACUUUCGCCACUGCGGCCUUCUUUUCUUCCUCUAGCGUCAUGGCAGGCGCGUUUAGGUCUUUCGAAUUGGGGUCCUUUCCAUCAUUCGAAUUCCCAUCCUUUGACUUGGAAUCCUUCUCAUCUUUGGGCUUAACAUCCUGUCCGUCUUUGGAUUUUUGAUCUUUGCCGUCUUUAGAUUUUGGAUCUUUGCUGUCUUUUGAUUCUGAAUCUUUACUGUCUUUUGUCCCAAAAAAAUUCUUUUUCUUCUUCUUUGGACUCUUGCCAUCCUUCGUGUCAGGCUUUUUCUUAUCUGGACUUUUAUCAUCUUUUGUCUGCGAGGCUUCUCCGUCCUUUGCGUGUAACUCUUUAGAGCUAGCAUCGUUCUUAGUCUUUUCUUUGUUGCCUUUCUUCUUUUUCCUGUCUGGACUUGUGGUAUCUGUAUCCUUCUGUUUAGGGUCCACGACGUCAAGAAUUCUUGCCAUUAGAUUAACCUUGAUAUGCGUCUUUUCAUCAGGGUGCUUUGCGUCUUUAUCAUUUGCCUUUAGGUCUUUGGGAUUGAUAUCCUUUGUUGAAGAUUCCAUCUUGAGGGGGUUCUUGAUAUCUUUGCCCUCGGUUUCAGAGCCCUUUUUGGGCUUCUCUGUCUCAUCCUUCGUUUUUGAUUUCUUGUUCUUUUUGUCCUUGGUCGCAGGAUCUUUACUCGCAGUCUCUUUGCCGGCCAUAUCGAUCUUCUUGAUCUCCGGCACUUCAGGCUGUAACGUCUCAGCAGUUUCUGCCUUUGAUAGGUUACCCAAUAAUGUGAAUUUCUUCUUCGGGGGCUUGCCGGUACUCUUCAUGGGGUCAACAGGUGCGCUAACAGUUUUGGUAUCUCUGUUCUUCUCCCCCUUAGAAAAGUCACUCUGUUUAAUAUCUUC